GCUCUGUCAUGGUUUAGAGAGGGCGUCAGUUCGCCUUUACAGACUCAUAUACGCUGUGGCAUGUUUGCUGAGACUAGAGUUAGAUCCUGACUUCCUGCGGCGCAUGUGGACUGUCACUUUACCCGGGACUGAAGGGACAAUAAAAAAGACGCACAGAGCUGAUCUCCGCGUCUCUACCUGAUUAUCCAUAAGAUGAGAUCCUGCGUGUCAAGGCUGAUGAUUUCAGGAAGACUUCUAAAGGGAACACUAACAGUUUACACGGAGGAAAUGUCCACAGCUGCAAGUCCAACUACUCCCUCCUCACAGCUGACAUCGGAUCAGCUCACAAUGGUGGCUGCGUCUUUUUCCUCACUGGUGUUUUUUGUGGUCAUUGUGGUCCUGCUGUCUAUUAUUUACCGCAAAGAUCCCCAGUGCUGCAAACUCCGCUCCUAUCAGAGUUCACAUUCAGAUAUGGUUGCUCCUCCUCGGUACUACAGCAGCAGACAGUCACUGGUGGGAUCUCCUUGUGUGGAGCAGACUCAGAUCAUGGAUAACAACAACAUUCAGCAGGCUGGUCAGCUGUUUUACGUCGGCCUGCCCUCCAGCUACAGUUUGCCCACACUGGAAGCCCCCCUGCCGCGACUCCCCUCCUAUGAGAGUGUCCGAAAGAAGGACCGCCAGAGGCAGAUCCACAUGAUGAUUGCAGACCGCUUUGGCCUCAAUGGACCCAUUGUGACUGAGCCUCCUCCGACAUAUGAAGAAAGUAUCCGCCAGUCGAUGGAGCUACCGUACAACAUCCUUUCACCCAGUUUGGACUUCUCACCUUCUCAAACUUUCUACACAAACACAAGACAAACCAUUCAAACGGACUCAUCUUAUCCACUCAACACCGACACCGUCAGUAGUGUUCUACCUGUGUGAUCAAGUUUUCAUACCGCAAGGAACUUUACAAAGAAAAACUGAUAACUUCCAUGCAGAUGAAGCUUCGAUUUUGAUCGAGAUUGUACUGCUGUAAUGGUUGACUGAGAUACCUCAGUUUUGUUAAGAGACAAAUCAACGAGCUGAGGAAGAACCAAAGAGGAGCUGCACGUCUUUCCAGUCUGGAUGGAUGUAUCUGGUGACAUGUGAGAAAACAACACUGAAUGUUUUAUACAAUAUAAUCUGAGGUGGCUGGUACAUCUUGAAGUGGACCAUGUGAUUCUUGUUGACCUUCGACAGGACUGCUUUUUUU